AUGGCUCCGGUGAAGGUGUACGGGUUGCCCAUGAACGGAAGUGUGGCACGCGUUCUGGUAUGCCUAGAGGAAGUGGGAGCCGAGUAUGAGGUCGUGGCUGUCGACCUACACACCGGUGAGCACAAGAGACUGCCGCAUCUUGCUCGUAAUCCCUUCGGCCAGGUCCCUGCGUUCCAGGAUGGAGACCUGAUCCUUUUCGAAUCACGGGCAAUCUCAAAGUAUAUACUCCGAAAAGAAUCAUCAGAUUUACUGAGGGAAAACAACCUCUCUGAGUCUGCAAUGGUUGAUGUGUGGCUUGACGUCGAAUCCCAGAAAUUUGACAGCGUCAUGCUGCCAAUCAUCUUUCAAGGGCUUGUCAUCCCGGUUUACAUGGGUGGGACUAGCGAUCUUAAAGUUCUUGAAGAAAACCUAGAAAAACUGAAGGAAAUCAUGGAAGUCUAUGAGGAACGCUUGUCCAAGUCCAAGUACUUGGCAGGAGAUUUCAUCAGCUUAGCGGACAUUAGCCAUUUCCCAAUGGUUCACCUAUUGCAUGAAACUCCAUAUGCAUCGGUGCUCGAUGCAUAUCCACAUGUGAAAGCAUGGAUUGCUGGCGUAAUGGAUCGUCCUACUGUGAAGAAGGUCAUCGGGCUUAUGAAGACAUUUGGUUGA